AUGGCCGUGCAAGGGACAGAACAGGUGAUCAACAGAGAUCCCGCCUUGUUCUACUGGAUCCUGCUUCCUAUCACGAUUGUUAUGAUCCUUACUGGUGUGCUUCGCCAUUAUGCCACUGUCCUCCUUGCCAGCCCUCCUAAACCGCCCGCUACUCUCGUCGAGUCUCGUGAGCGACAAGCGCUACUUCGGGGAGUGAACUUGCGAAACAACGCCCCAGCGGCCAUAACCACCUCGUCAUUCAACGCGCGGAAAGAGUACCUCAUCGAUGCAUACAAGAAAGGCAUAUUCCUCAAGGGCGGAGCAGAGUCCCGAGGACAGGCGGCGCCAAAUCCAAUGUCUGACCCGGCCGCAAUGGAGGGGAUGAUGGGCAUGAUGAAGGGAAAUAUGGCCAUGAUGAUUCCACAGACCCUCAUUAUGUCUUGGAUCAAUGCCUUCUUUGCCGGCUUUGUCAUCCUGAAGUUGCCAUUUCCUCUCACCAUUCGGUUCAAGUCGAUGCUACAGUCCGGAGUCAUGACUCGAGAUCUAGAUGUCAGAUGGGUCUCGAGCUUGUCUUGGUACUUCCUAUGUUUGUUCGGCUUGCAGAGCGUGUUCAUUUUCAUCCUGGGGAAUGAGAACGCAGCCAGCCAGAUGGCCCAGCAAGUGGCUCAAAUGAAUCCUGGGGCCAACGCCAAUCCAUUCGGCCCUGGUCAAGAGCCCGACAAGAUGUUUCAAGCGGAAGCGGAGAAUUUGGAGGUACUCGAGCAUUGGAGUGUCCUAGAUGGUGCUGAAGAUAGGUUGUUACAGAUCUAUGCUAGCUAG